AUGCGGCACCUAACAGUUGGCGAAGCUAUUGCUAAAAGUAACCAAACUUCCGAACAAAAUAGCACUUCAUAGCACCCUGAGUUACAAGUUUAAUGGGCUUUUGAUUCUAGGUUAUAUAUAUCCACACUGUUCAAUGAAUUCCUUGGUGUGAAUUGUUUACAUUGUUCCGCUAGAAGCGAAAUUAUUUUUUUGUACGCGUUGUCCAAUUUGUAAUUUCUUUAGAUCAAUUUAUACCAACUGAUUUAUACAGUUAAUAACUUUGUUUUUGGGCUGAUAUAGAUUUGGAAUGAUUUUACUGUACAAAAUUAGGUUGUUUUAAGAAAGGUGAAAUUUUAAGGAUGAAUUUUUAAGCUUACAUCUAUCCAGAAUUAGCAGAGUUAUACACAAUCCUUGCCCAUAUACAAUGUGAUAUUUUGAAGUGAAAAUCUUAUUAUAUUUACAUGUUCAAAAUAACAUCGAAUAUUUUGAAGACACUAUCUUACUCCUGUACAUCACAUUGUCCCUUAUUAGUAUUCUCGACAGGACGAUCACUAUAUUUUUCUCACUGGCAUAGUACUUGGGCUGAGUUAAUCUUUUAUCAUGCAAAGUUCUCAUAUAAUAUUGUAUGGACCAAACUCCAAAUGCAAGCACAAGAUCACUUGUUUGUUAUCUAGCUAGUUGCAUUGUUUUGAGAUACCUAUAGCAAGACAAAGGCAACAACAAAGGCAUUGUUUAAGGUUUCUCUCCUGUGUUAUCAUGCCUAUUCCUAUUCAAGGUAUUUUACAUGAAACAAAGGGCUUGUAUUAUUUGUUUGGAUUUGCUUCUAAAAAAGGAAAUGAUUAUUGUUUUGUUAUUCUCAUUUCAGGGAAACACUUAACUAUUUACCCCUUUGUGGGUGUUCUGAUGCUGAGUCAAGCCCCCUUUGCUCUUACAGACCCUGCCACAUGUGACACACACCAUACUAGUAUUAACAAUUACUGCUUCUCCAGUAGAGUCGGUGGAGUUUACAUUCUUGGAAUUUUUGUUGCUGUACUUAAAUAAAGCACUUUGUGGAAGAUGCAAAAGGGAUUGUUUUGCUUUAAUGAGUAUCUUAUUUGCUAGUGUAUCAGGUUUGCCAUCAUCAUCAUCACUGUCAUCAUCAUCUGAGUUGUCACUUCCAUCAUCAUCAUCGUCGUCAUCAUGAUUAUCAUUGCUUCCGUCAGUUUCAUCAUUUCCUGCCAGUAAACCUUUGUUGAAACUGUCUGCAAGUUCUUGGAUUCUUAAAGGAAGUUGCUCAGAGCAAAUGGGGCACUUGACACCAUACAGUAUCGAGUAGUUAUGAUCGUUACAGUUUGAGGAACUACCAAGACAACUUUUGUGAAAUGUGUGGCCACAGUUGAAGCGCUGAACUGCAAGUAGGAGAUUGUCAUCUGCUCUGCAAUCUGCAUCAUCACAAGCCAACAGUGGGUCUAGUUCUUGACCCUUCCAGGCAUACCCUAAGGGGAAGCUUCUUGUUGUAGUACCAUGUUGGCCAAUCACCAGCUAAGAGCAGUAGGUUCUUUUCCAUGUAUUCGCUUAGUGAUCGGCAAACUUCAUUGAGGUGCUGCAUUGCUUGUCUAUAAUUUGCCAUGCUCUUAAGGGACUGUUCAAAUUAAAUCAACUAGCCAAGUGUUGGACAGCAAAUCCAAGUCAUGUCUGGCCUCAUCUGUAUACACUCUACAAGGUAUUUGUUAUUGUUUGUAUCAUGAAACAUUGUACAUGCUCUUUUUUGGCACCCUUAUGCAACAUUUUUUGAAAGUCAAUUAUCCAUUCAAUAUUAAAUUUUCCAUUUCAAAUUCCUACAUUGUGAGACAAUGCAAAGUGGUAUGUGGAAAAAAUUUAUGAUGGGCUGUAUGUAAAACUAGUUAUUGACAUUGGGAGUUGCCAAUUUCAUUUUUGAGGGGGAAUUUAUAAUAAAGAUAUUUAUGGUGCCAGUUAAUCGUAAAAUUUCUGUGGCAUUGAUUUAUGCCAAAGUGUUAAAUGGCAUGAAAAGUUUGGAUGAAAUACAUUACUAAAAUCUAUUACUUAAAAGUGUUAUAUUAUUCUUUUUGUACAAGCUUGUGGCACCCAAUGACUAUUAGACCACUACCUUGACUUUUAGGUUUCUGAUUUGUUGUAAAUCAUACCUUAAUUCAACUAAACUUUUGUUUACAUUUGUCAGGUCAAACUGGCUGAAAUCAGCAGGUAGAGAGUCUAAAUAACUGAAUGUAAAAUAAUUUGACAAAUGCUCUUGGAACAACUCGUUCACUUUGUUGGCAUCAAUUCCUCCCGACAGUUAACAAUUGCACCCCAGCAAUUCGGACAGGUACAACCCGUGGACAUUUCUUGUUGUUGGCAUUGCCGGUAUAGAUUCUUGGUGAUCCACUACUCCAGUACACAUGUGAAGGCACUUGCUCAGCUGGCUCUGUUUGGGGUCUUUUAUAGACUGGACACAAUGAAAAUCAUCUAUAAUGAGCAGGAGGAAGUUGUUGUUCUGUUGGGGAGGAAAUUUUUAACUGGAUCAGUGUACAUCUAUGGACUGAUAAAUUAAAGUCAUUUUACUUAAACCGUGAAACAGGUAGAAGAAUACUAUGCACUAUUAUGUAUUAAUUCCAUUGUUUUCUUCUGUUUACCUCUUGCUAUUUUUGCACUAUUUGUUAUUACUUAUCUGUUUCACGGUUCAAAUAAAAUCACUCUAUUUUUGUUGUUUUUGUCUCCUUGUUACAAGGUCCUUGUGCCUUCUAUUUAGCCCCUGCUUCUUUACAUCCAGCCACCUCACCUUGUGUCAACUUAUUGUUUUGGCCAGGGUGUUGUGCAGUGGCAGAUGUUUAAUAAUGAAUUGUUUCAGUACGUAAAUACAUGUACCUUUAUGGCACUCUCAACGAUCGCUUGUGUCUUGUGAAUGCUUUUUCCAGACAAUCCUUUUUUAUGAUUUAGCACACUUCUCGGGUGAGUGCUAAACCCUAGAAGUGAGCCAGCUGUCAAAGCAUCAUCACUGGCACCAUGAAAGGACUAGUGCAACCCACAGUCUUGUUGUAAGGGAUUGUUUUUCUGUUGAAAACAAACAAGCAACACUUGUGUCUAUUACACACCAUGGUGUUUAAUUUAAUUUAAGUGUCUUUCUAAAGUAUGGUUCCUGUUAUUAUUAUUAUUAUUAUUACUAUUAUUAUUAUUAUCAUUAUCAUUACCAUUAUCAUUAUUAGUAUUAUUAUUUAUUUUAUUUUUUAUUAUGAUUAUACACACUUGGUUUCUAAAGUAAGACAGCUGAUGAAGCAGUGCCACAACUCGCAGUCUCAGUAUUUCAUGUCCUUUCUUAGAAAGCUGUUGUUUUUCAUCAUUCUUGACUAAACACAAGGCACGGUCGAACAAUCCAGGGGUGCACUUGUUGGCAAAUUUUUCCAUGUCUGCAGGGUCGUAUAGCCGCUGCCCUCCAUCCUUGUAAUGUUUAGUGAGACACUUGUGGAACGUUUUGAACUGCUCAUCAAAAGUUGGCUCUGAAAAUUAAUAAAAAAAUGUUUCUAAUAAAGGUUGAAACUAGUCGUCUUUGUUUUGAAUGUGUGGAAAUUAAGAGUACGUCAAUACAAUACCUUCUAGCUUGUUGCAUCUUUCUUUUAAUGCUGCAUUUUCGCGCUGUAAUUUGGUGAUUAAUUGUUUUGCCUCUGCUAGCUCAUUAACACUCUGCAAAGGGGCGGUCUGAGAGGUUCCAUCCGUCCAAGUUAUUUUCUUUUCUGGGGUAGUACAUAGGACUGAAGUAGUACAUUUUGUCUACAAAUGUAUAGGGCAAAAUUUAAUGCAAAAUAUGAAUAUUUUCUAAAACAAAACUAAGAAUGUAUGAUCUGUUUCUCUACAUUUUGACUGUUGUUUGAGUGUCAAAGAAACAUACCUUUCUCGUAGUAGGGGGUUUGUAGAGAGCGUGGUUGGUAAAUAUGGGAGCUUCGUCCACGAGAUUUAGGUGGCCUUGGCAAAGAAAUGCACCUCCUUGGUAGUUUUCAAGGUUUGCUGCUACGGUGAGAAUCCUCUGCGGACAUGGCAGUAAAUUGUUCCUUUGCGUGCAGGCAUUUUCACUCGGAAAACAGCACCUCCUUUGACUUUCCACUUGCAAUUUUUUUGCAUGACCAAAACAUAGCCAAACCGGCCUAGAGUAGCCACGUAGAACAGCCUCUUUUCCCGAAUAAUAAUUAGUGGCACCCCAACACUUUUCUGACACGCUUCUUAAUCUGGAGCCACGUUCACAAACAUUUACCAUUAUUUAAUCAACUUUGGACUGAAGUUUCCGCCGGAAACGCACGCAAAAAGACCGGAACUUGACAGUGAAGCGGUCGGUAACUAUUUUUUGACAUUUUUGAAGCUUUUUGAAGCGGGAAAAAACGAGCGGCGUCUCCAGUUUCAUUCAUAAUUUCGCGCGCAAAGCAUGAGGCCGGGAAGCUUGCGCCUACCAGUCAGUAAGUGGACACAAGCCGUAGGCGAAGAGUUUGGUGUUUACAAAUCUUUUCCUUUUUUUACUUGUCCAAGGAAAUAUAUUUUAGCGCUGCUAUCUACCUUCUAAGUGCAAGAGGAUCGAUCCUUUUAGAGGUAAGAUUGGCUGUACAUUUGUGGAAGCUUCUCACCGGCGAUUACGUUCGAGUGUUGUCGCCGCGAGGGGGAUGCAAAAACAAAAAACAGCAAGCCACAGAAAAACGUACUGUUCGAUUUUUUUACGUAUUUCUUAUUUUGCUUCUUGGCUUUUAGCCUUUUGGUUGGUCGAAUUUUGAACCUUAAAUACUCCACCUGUUUCUUAUUUUUGCAAAUUUUUUAAGAGCUAUUGGUCGUAUAAUGUCUCUAUGAACUACACACUGUUCCGCGCAUUUUCAUCAAGCACCCUAAAGUGUAUUCCUGAUCUGAUUUCGCUACAACUCUUGACAUCGCCUGUCAAUGAGUUCUAGUUUGGGGAUAUCAGAUCAUAAUCGCCGAACUAGUCAUGGUUAACUAUGUAUUUGGCUUCAAACUUUGCUCUCUUUUGUAGACUACUUGAUUCGUUGUAAGAUGGUCAGCGGAGAGCACAAACUGCCGCGAAAACGGCAACCAAUCAGCGGUUUUUCUGCCCUGCCAUCUUGGUACCGUUCAGGAGAGAUAUUAUAAAGAGAAAAGAGAAUUUUUUAUCCAGGCACCGACAGUUUUAA